UCUCCGCCGCUGUGUCGUCUCCGCCACCGGCCUCCGUCCCCUCGCCACUGCCCGCCCGUGCCAUGGAUGCCAAAGUCGUCGCAGUGCUGGCCCUGGUGCUGGCCGCGCUCUGCCUCAGCGACGGGAAACCUGUUAGCCUGAGCUACAGAUGUCCCUGCCGAUUCUUCGAGAGCCAUGUUGCCAGAUCCAACGUCAAGCAUCUCAAAAUCCUCAACACUCCCAGCUGUGCCCUGCAAAUAGUGGCAAGACUGAAGAGCAACAACAGACAAGUGUGCAUUGACCCGAAAUUGAAGUGGAUUCAGGAAUACCUGGAGAAAGCUUUAAACAAGGGGCGCAGAGAAGAAAAAGUGGGGAAAAAAGAAAAGAUAGGAAAAAAGAAGCGACAGAAGAAGAGAAAGGCUGCUCAAAAAAGGAAAAACUAGCUAUCUGCCACCUCCAGAUGGACUGCAGUGCACGCUGCUCUUGUCGCUGCCGGCGCUUUGUAAAUUUGCUUUGACCCUCCUCAGGGCACACUCCCUGCCCGUUGUGGGGGACACUCAGACCUCCAGAGGGGAGUGGCACUUGGCUGCCCCCGGGACCACACUGGCUCCUGUCUUUAUGUGCUUCUCAUGGCUGUCUGGCCUGCUAAAUUCUGAAGAAAGUAGUUGUGCGGAGGCGGGGAUGGGAUGUGACUCAGAGACUGUGUGCUCUGGGCUGGUCUUGAGGGUCUCCAGUGUCAGCCAGGCUGCUGAGCCCCUCCCCGCUCUCCACUCCCUCUCUUAGAAGCCCAGGAUGACUGCAGCUCGCACAGCUCCACACACUCCCAAUCUGCAUUCCUGACUGCGACCAGAGUGUGGCCCUGGCCAGUGCUCAGAGCAGCCAGUGCACACAGUGGCCAGCUCACCCGCCUGCACAGGCGCCUUUCCAGCAAGGGGAGUGUCCUGAGCCCCCUCCUUCCAGGCCACCAGCACCGUCCAUCAUAGACUUCACGGGCAGAGUUGGCUGGGCAUUGGCGGUGACUCCUUUCCCCAGGUCUGUGGCCUGGCCCUCCACCUCUCCCCCUGGGGGAAGGGUUUCUCCAGCUCCUUCGUUGAGCCUGGGCUGUGGAGAGCUUUCUUCCAAGAGGGAUAGAUUUCUGCAGACCAUAUGGGGGGGAGAGGGAGCUCUGCAUUCCUAGAGAGUGGAUGUGGCAUUGCUUCUCAGGGAACCUUC